AGAUUGAAUUAUUUAAAUUAGCAUUAGUAUUAUUCGUAACAACGUUUUAAUAAGCUGAAAUUCCCGCGCAAAAAACGUUAACUUCUUCAGCUGAGUGAGUUUGGAUUGAGCCAUGGAUCUGUACAACACCCACGUGAAGCUUCUAGCCUUUGAUUUUCUCUCUCUUACCCCCACCCGAUCAGAUCCCUCCUGCUUCCAACGCAAGGGCCUGCGCCUCUCGCGCGCCGAGUCGAUCGGAGUGGUGGUCACUCGGGAGCUCAAGCCCGGUAAAUUCCUCCGCUUCACCAUCGAUGACGGCACCGGCUGCAUCCCCUGUGUCCUUUGGCUCAACCAACUCACCUCCUCUUACUUCUCCAGGAGGAGCCCAUCAUCUGUUCGAUCAAUUGCCCGAUCGGCGCUCCACUUCGCCUCCGAGAUCCAGCUCGGUGUCGUCGUCAGGGUGCGCGGCAGAAUCACCGGCUACAGAGGAACCGUCCAGAUUACGGUUUCCGAUGUUGCUUUGGAGACCGAUCCGAAUGCGCAGGUUUUGCAUUGGUUGGACUGUGUCAGGUUGGCCAGGAGAUGUUACGAUAAGUUUUCCAUAAUUAGGGUUUGAUUGAUUUAGGGAUUUCUUGUUUAUGAAGUUAAUUUGCUUAAUCGACCCAAUUUUACUUGAUUCA